AUGGAUCACGCACUCAGGGUCAAUAUCCGCUUCGUGGUAGACAACUACGUGGCGCACCCCACACAGCGCCUAGCUCUCCUGUCUUCCUUUGCAAAGGAACCAAUGGUUUUUAUGCGUAGAAACGGGCCUCUGUGGGAGCUAGACCUGGAUAUUACAGACACCUUGGAGAGGCUUUCAGAAGAUCGUGCAGACACAGAGGAUAUGCGAGCGUACAGGUAUGCCGUCAUCAAUGAAGAUGGGUCUCAGUCCCCCGAUGUGCUGAAGCGUAUUCUACCGAACAUUCCCCCCACUCAAUCAAUCUAUGAUCAAUGCAUCUCAGCCUUAGUGUUGCAUCCUCAGUAUGAGUCACUUGUCAACAACAGCGGAAAUGUCCUUGACGUGAGCUUUACCCUGGUGGAUGACUGGAGCUUCAGUUCCAGCAGCCCUUGGAAUACCUCUGCGAUGAAGGUCAUGAUUGGUCACGACCUCAAGGUGGACAAAAGCGUUCUAGAUAGCGGACACCUACUAAAUAAGCUUUUCAACAGAUGUUUUUGGAAGAUUGAUGACUCCCUGGACAUGACAGACUCUGCAACCACAUCGAUACUGAAGGACGCCACCAUACACCACGGGGCACCUGAGAAGCUAGCGAUUCUAAAGGUAAGUAAAGUCGUUAAGGAGGUCGAGAAUAAGAAGGCAAUAGCAAAGCUGAGUAGGUCUAAUCUCGUUCAGUCCAACCUAGUCCCCGUGUUGUUUGCAUGCAUGGUGCCAUACGUCUUCAAGGGCGAGCGCGUACUAUUGACUGGUAAUCUGCCCCGUUUCGGUAACUGGAACCCCCGCUCCAGGAGCUCCAUAAUAUUCAACCAUGUGGGAGAGCGUAGAUUUGAAGCCCCAACUGUCUUCUACUUUACAGUAGACGAGCUAAAAACCUUCCUUUUCAAGUUUGCCAUCGUCCAUGCAGAUGGAAACAUCUCUUUCGAAAGUGGAGAAAACCGAUCAAUACAUCUAUCUGAGACUUUCUCGAUGACAGCUACAUACACCCUGGGCGACGAGUCUGUGCAUAGGACACUUCCAUACAAGACCGUCGGUGAUCUUUAUGCGGCCGCAGCCGCAUCUGCGACCACAUCUACAACCACGACAGCAUCUUCUCCGGGUCAAAAGGACGAUCAAGAAGUUGAAGACAAUAACAAUAGUAGUGAGGUCAAGCUGCUUAGUUCUGCCCCUUCUACUGCUAAAAAGGGCAAUAGCCACCUCAAGACUGUGACGAUAAGGUAUUGGUCGUACUUCAUUUGCGGAUUUUUCCGGUAUCCAUACAGUGCAGUACCGCGGUUCACAUCUCUCUGCGUGCCUCUUUUCAGCCUCCGCUCUGCACUCUCCACUGGUGUUGGGGACUUCGGUGAUCUGCGCAUGCUUGUCAACUUCGCCAAGUGCUGCGGGUUCAACAUAAUACAGCUUCUUCCCCUUCAGGACACUAUAACCGGCCCAAUCUUAUCCCCCUCAGGUACCAACACGAUUAAGAGCCAUUUCUCGGCGGGGGAUUCUUCACCAUAUGCGGGCAUUUCUGUCUUUGCUCUUCAUCCCAUCUAUAUAAGGUGCGAAAAGAUCUCCGGAAUGGAUAGUGUAGUAACACGGAAGCUUAAUGACUUCCGCCACCAUAUGACGAGGGACAUAUCUUAUCUCCACUGUAGGUACAACUAUGGCAAGGUGUGCAGAGAAAAGCUGAACUUUUUGUAUUUAAUAUACUCUUACAUCUGUGACACCGCAGGCCUGCAUACACUAGUGAAGGAUAUUGUCACGUGGAUUCAGAGCAGCCCACUAAUCGAGUACUGGAUAUAUAGUUACAUGCUGUACCGCUACUUUAUCGACGUUUUUGAGGGGUUGAGUUUCCUGGACCCAUCCACUGACAUGUCUGCAAGAAAUCCUCUUUUGAAGCGUUUCUAUGAUGCAAUAAAGCCAGCAAACAUCUCUGCACUUACACCAACCGAUAGCUGCCUGUACAUUAAGACCCUGUAUGAUAAGAUCUCCUCUGGGGCCUCCCCUUCAUCUACAGUAACUAAGGAGAUAGGCAAGGAAGUAGUGAGCACUACGAAGCACAUAUUCUUUUAUGCCUUUCUUCAGAUGCAUGCUCACACACAGUUACAGGACUCUGCUAUGUACUGCCGGUCCAGAGGCAUAUGUCUCAAGGGCGACUUGAGCUUUGGCACGUCCCCGGUCGGCGUAGAUUCCUGGGUGUACCCAGAAUACUUUGAGAAGAGCCGUGUUGUUGGUGCGCCACCCGACGCAUUUACGCCAAUGGGUCAGAACUGGGGCUAUCCGGCAUACAACUGGCGCAAGAUGGAGGAGAUUGACGGGUAUCAAUGGAUGCAGAGACGCCUCAAGCACGCAGAGCUGUUCUUCGAUUGCGUGCGCCUGGAUCAUAUUCUCGGGCUGUUUCGCACGUGGGAAUUGCCGCUUACUGCAGGGAAGAAUAAUGGAUCUCUGGGACAGUUUGUUCCUGCAGCUCCUCUGCACUGGGAUUGGAUAUUUGAAGAGUGCUAUGACCCCAACUCAAGUAUUUCGUGGUGUCGCAGCAAGAGCGACAUACGUACACGUCUUACGCAGCCUCUCCUCAAGCGUGAUCUGGCGCACAAACUUGCUGGUCACGCAGCCGGCGACUUGGCGUGCUCAACACUCGUUGAGUUUGGAGUACUUAGUUAUGACAAACGAACGGAUUCUUACGUGAUAGAGCUACAAGAGCAAAAGGCCUGCGCGCUGCUAGAUAGCCUCUUGCUUAAUGAAGAUAUUGCACUAGAAUUGCACUCUGCAUUGAUGGAAACGUAUAGAAAGCUACUAGGGAAUGUCUGUCUUUUAAACGAUGUCUCCAACCCAGACGCUUUCUGCCACCCUGUAUUCACGAAUAGACAUGUGUCCAGCGAGGCAGUGUCUCUUACUAGCCUUGAGCAUAUCGGGCUCCGCGAUAAGAUAAGACAUUGGAGCUAUGAGUACUUCACUACCUGGCACAACGACGAGUGGACCAGAAGCGGCACAAAGCACCUGCGGCUCAUAAAGGAGUCCACGAACAUGAUGAUUUGCGGAGAGGAUCUUGGGUACUUGCACCCCUGCAUCCGUCGGGUCAUGGCCGACCUAGGAAUCAUCGGGCUCAGAGUUCAACGAAUGACCCACGAAGGUUAUCCUGGACACUUUUAUCGUUGUGAUGACGAGAGUGUUUACUCGUACCUUACGGUGGCUGCUCCAUCGACACAUGACACGUACCCACUUCGUGCUUGGUGGGAGCAUAAUCGUUCCGCUGCAUGCGCAUUCUGGAGAGAAAACUUGGGCCGUGCGGGAGACAGCGAUUGGCAAGUUUCCCGUUCACUUUCUGAGUUCGACUGUCGCGCUAUCCUCCGUCAGAAUCUGCACUCCAGGUCCAUCAUAUGCUGCCUGAUGCUGCAGGACAUAUUUGGGGCGUGCGACAAGUACAGAUAUAACGGAGACACAAAGGACGAGAUAAUAAACAUGCCCGGAGCAAGCGAGUGGCAGUGGAAGUAUCGCAUUCACAUCAGCUUGGAAGAGCUUCACAACAGCGACCUUGUUGGGAUCAUCGGUGACGAGAUCUGCAAUUCUGGUCGCAUUCUGCAGUGA